UCGGCUUCUCUACCGCUCUCUUCUCAUCAUUUGCUCCCAAUUUCCUAAUGUUUACCAUAAGCUCAGCCGUGACGGCCGCCUGUAUUGCAGGCAUGUAUCAGACGGCCUUCAUUAUAGGCAUUGAGUUCGUUGGCGGCCAAUGGAGAGUGUGGUGCGGAAACCUUCAUUCUGCGCUGUUCGCAGUCGGGGCCGCAAUCCUAUGCCUUAUGGCCUAUUAUAUACGCGAUUGGAGAGAAUUGCAGUUUGUUAUCGCACUUCCCAUCGCAUUCACGCUCUCUUAUCCCUGGCUUUUCCCGGAAUCGGUUCGUUGGCAGGUAUCCAAUGGACAGAUGUCUAAAGCAAUUAAGACAAUCAGAAGAGCUGCCAAAUGGAACAGUGUUUACAUUCCUGAAGAAUAUUUGUACGCUUCCGAAGAC